CUUUGCGCUGCGAAUACAAAUACACAUCUACUUUGUAUCCGCUGUUGUGGGUGAUUCUGUUUGUGUCAACGUCUGAUCGACUGCUCUUUCCGUGAGUAAUAAAACACAGGAACUGUCUGUCAGGCGAGAGGAGUCACAUGUGGACAUCAGCUGUACGGAAAUAAAAUAACUCCUCCUGUCACUGGCAAGCAUGGCUCAUCUUACUGCACUUUUCAAGUAUGUGGACGAACACCAGGAUCUGUAUGUGCAGGUAAGUUCCGCCUUCGCUGAAUGGGUGGAAGUCCAGAGCGUGUCUGCUUGGCCAGAGAAGCGAGGGGAGAUCAAGAAGAUGAUGGAGAUGGCAGCCAAGGACAUUGAGAAGCUGGGGGGCACAGUGGAGAUGGUGGACAUCGGCAAACAGAAGCUUCCCUCUGGAGAGGAGAUCCCCCUCCCUCCUAUUGUCCUGGGGCGUUUGGGGUCAGACCCGGGUAAGAAGACUGUGUGCAUCUACGGCCACCUCGAUGUCCAGCCAGCCAAUAUUGAUGACGGCUGGGACACAGAGCCUUUCACUCUGGUGGAGAAAGAUGGUAAACUCUAUGGAAGAGGUUCUACUGAUGACAAGGGUCCAGUGUUGGCCUGGUUCAACUGCAUUGAGGCGUAUCAGAAGAUCCAGCAGGAGCUUCCCAUCAAUAUAAAAUUCUGCUUCGAGGGGAUGGAGGAGUCUGGAUCCGAGGGUCUGGAUGAACUGGUGUUUUCCCGAAAAGACACCUUCUUAAAAGACGUGGACUAUGUCUGCAUCUCUGACAACUACUGGCUGGGCAAGACCAAACCCUGCAUCACCUACGGGCUGAGAGGAAUCUGCUACUUCUUCAUUGAGGUGGAGUGCGGUGACAAGGACCUACACUCAGGGGUGUUCGGCGGCUCAGUUCAUGAGGCCAUGACUGACCUAAUUGCACUUAUGGGCUCCCUGGUGGACAAGAGGGGGAAGAUUUUGGUUCCUGGGGUGUACGACAGCGUGGCUCCUCUGACAGAUGAGGAGAAGAAGCUGUACGAGAAAAUUGAAUUUGACUUGGAUGAGUACUGCAAAGACGUUGGAGUUGGGCAGCUGCUGCAUAACACCAAGGAGCAAAUCCUGAUGCACCGCUGGAGAUACCCAUCUCUCUCUCUUCAUGGUAUUGAGGGUGCUUUCUCUGAAGCAGGAGCCAAGACUGUUAUCCCCCGCAAGGUCAUCGGCAAGUUCUCCAUCCGCCUCGUCCCUGACAUGGACCCCAAAGUCGUGGAAAACCAGGUUAUCGGCCAUCUGCAGAAGAAAUUUGCUGAGCUGGGAAGCCCCAACAAACUGAAAGUGUACAUGGGCCACGGAGCCAGGGCCUGGGUCUCUGACUUCAACCACCCGCACUAUAUAGCUGGAAGAAAGGCCAUGAAGACAGUCUUUGGUGUGGAGCCCGACCUUACUCGUGAGGGAGGAAGCAUCCCUGUUACCCUGACCUUCCAGGAGGCCACGGGGCGUAACGUCAUGCUGCUUCCUGUUGGAUCCUCGGAUGAUGGAGCUCACUCCCAGAAUGAGAAAAUCAACAGGUCCAACUACAUCCAGGGAAUCAAGAUGCUGGGUGCAUAUUUCCAUGAGGUUUCUCAGCUGGAAUGAAGCGAUGUCUCAUCAUGAAAAAUGUAGAAUAAUGCCUCACUAUCAGAGCCAUAGCCUUUGUGGUAUGAUUAACCUUCCAUGAUAAAUGUUUUAUACACACACUGCCUCUCAGUAAUAAAAGUAUUUUCCUUUGUUA